AUGACCGAUGAUAUAAUAUUGGGUUUAGAUUUUUUGGCGCAUCAUAAAUGUAUAAUAAAUAUCGAUCGUCCUUCUGUACAAAUCGGCAAUGACAUAAUUUAUGCUGAUUUACAAUCUUACAGUAAUAAAGACGAUUUAUCUGAAGUAUUAGUCAGUAAACGGGUAACGAUUCCACCAAAUUCAGUAAUUAAGGGAUUAUCAGAUUAUCAGGGCUAUACGUCUAAGUUUGUUGAUCUAAUAACAAACGCUUUAAAACCGGAAGUAAAGUCUUCCAAUGUAAACAAACAUGGCCGUAAAAGGAAAAACGUGGAGAAGAUUCCAGCUCCAAAUAUGAAGUCUUUAAGUAGUUCUCGUAUGGGAACAAAUCCAACGUGUACAAUCACUUCGGCCUCAAUUAAUAAUACUGAUGAUUUUUCUGAUGUUUUCGUUAAUCCGAAUUCAAUAAAUAGGACCACAGGUCGUAAAUUAGAUGAUACCACGAACGGUGGUGGGAAGGUUAACAGUUUACAAAUUGAUAAAGAACAAAUUAACAGAAACGAACUAGCUGAUUUAAAGAAUCAAUUUGCAUAUUUAACAUCUAUUGAUCUGGUAGAUCCUCAAGAAAUGUAUGAUAAGUUUCUUGAGGAAACCCCUGAGGUUCAGGAGGAUGACUUUAAUAUCCCUAAGAUAUUCCAAGGGAAUGAUACUUUUGGUAAUCCAGUCUCUGAUAAUCUUGUUAAAUUAGUUUCUGUUGCCACUACUAAGAAAGUAGAAGUUUCUAAAUUAACAUCCAAAAUACUCUAUACCAGAAAAUUAUAA